AUGGUCAUGAGUAACGAUAAUAUCUUGAAUCCUGAAUUAGUGUGGAUUGAUGGAAGGUGUUACAGAUUUAACGAAAGUAGUGCUUGGUCAAAGGAGCGUGGUACAGCCACUUAUCAAGAAGAAUCCACGUAUCUAGAAAAUGAUUAUGAUAGUGGUGACGAUGAACCUAGUCUUCAAAAAAUUGACAUAGAAGCUACGGAUGGGGGAAAUUUUAAACAUAGCUUCUAUUGUCCUAAGCAGUUCUUUGCUUUUCUCGUUGGACCCAAAGGUUUAACACGUAAGAAGCUAGAGAUGGAGACAUCAACGUCGAUUCAAAUCCCAAGGUUGGGUCAAGAUGGAGACAUUGUUCUGAUUGGACAGAGUCGAAAGAAAAUUAAAUCUGCACGUUAUAAAAUCGAUGACUUCAUCAGACCAUUAAGGACUAAGUUACGUAUUACCCACUUCUUAUCCAUACCUGCUAAUGGAGAAGAUGUGCGCAGUCGAUUUGAAAAAUUCAAAGAAUCUGUGCUGAAAUCAGACAUGCCUAUGCAGGGUGUUGAAGAAUCGAUAUUCCAGAAUCCACAUAAACUGCAUUUAACCCUUGGGGUACUAUGGUUGCUUGAUGACAGUGAGAAAGAGAAAGCCGUCAGAGCUCUUGAACAUUGCAACGAAAAUAUUAUCAAACCUAUUAUUCUCAAAAACGGGCCGAUAUUACUAACUAUCAGAGGUGUUGAUUACAUGAAUGACGACCCAGCAAACGUUGCUGUAUUGUACGGCAAAGUACAUAGUAACAAUGACGUCUUGCAAAGCAUAGCAAAUGAAAUUGUGAACUACUUUGUCGAAAUCGGUCUUGCUAAACUAGAGAUUCAAAAAAAAGUAAAAUUACAUAUGACAUUGAUGAAUACAAAAUUUAAAAACGAUGAGAAUCAAGCAUCUUCUAAAAGACGGGAUAAGUUUGACGCAAGAAAUAUACUAGAGGCUCAUAAAGACACAAAAUUUGGAGAAUUUAUUUGGGACAGCAUUCAUAUAUCCCAGUUCCGUACUGUCGCUAGCGAUGGGUUUUAUGAUCACGUGGGCAAAAUCAUGAUAUGAAAUUGUCUCGUGGAAUGUAAACUCUGACGUGUUUCUCGGGGACACCGAACCUGGUUUACCAUAUUAUAAGUUUAUAAAUAUAUUUUGAUUACU